AUGAUAUGUUUCUCCUUCAAAGACGUGAAACAGAUGAUUUACACCUGCCAUCACUUUUAUCAGUGUCCAGUGUCCUUGGAUCAGUUCCAGUUUUGAUUUUACUUUCACCUUUGCACCAUGAGAGUGUUUGUGUUUUCCCAGCGCUCUGCUGUGACAGACAUGUUUUCUUUCAUGCUACGGAAGACAUUUCGGCCCCUCUUCCCCAGGGUUUCGGGAUGUUUGGGCCGAGAUUGCCAGACCACCAUGGAGCCAUGCAGACGAGGCCUCAGCAGCUCCAGUGGCUGGACGGGACAGGAGAGCCUGGCCCAGGAUGACCCAGAGAUGUGGAGCCUUCUGCAGCAGGAGAAGGACCGGCAGUGCCGCGGCCUGGAGCUCAUUGCAUCAGAGAACUUUUGCAGCAGGGCAGCGCUCGAGGCCCAGGGUUCAUGUCUGAACAACAAAUACUCUGAGGGCUACCCAGGACAAAGGUAUUAUGGAGGUGCAGAGGUAGUGGAUCAGAUUGAGCUGCUGUGUCAGAAACGCGCACUCGCCGCCUUUGGUCUGGACCCCAGCGUGUGGGGCGUUAACGUCCAGCCAUACUCCGGCUCCCCCGCUAACUUUGCAGCCUACACAUCUGUACUCAAGCCUCAUGACCGCAUCAUGGGCCUGGAUCUGCCUGACGGAGGACACCUUACCCACGGCUACAUGACAGAUGCCAAGAGGAUCUCUGCCACCUCCAUCUACUUUGAGUCGAUGCCUUACAAGCUGGACCCCAAAACAGGUCUCAUAGAUUAUGAGCGGCUGGAGGCGACGGCCCGGCUCUUCAGGCCCAGACUUAUCAUCGCAGGAACCAGCGCCUACGCUCGCCUCAUCGACUACGCUCGCAUGAAGAAGCUGUGUGUGGAGCUGAAAGCCUACCUGCUGGCAGAUAUGGCUCACAUCAGCGGCCUGGUGGCAGCCGGGGCUGUUCCAUCUCCUUUCCACCAUGCUGACCUGGUCACAUCCACUACCCAUAAGUCCCUGCGUGGAGCGAGGGCCGGUCUGAUCUUCUACCGCAAAGGCGUGCGCUCUGUGGAUAACAAAGGUCGGGAGGUGACCUACGACCUCCAGGACAGGGUGAACUUUGCCGUGUUCCCUUCGCUUCAGGGAGGGCCUCACAACCACGCCAUUGCCGGGGUGGCCGUCGCCCUAAAACAGGCGUCCACUCCCAUGUUCAAGCAGUACAUCAGUCAAGUGCUGCUAAACGCCAAGGCCAUGGCUGACGCUCUUCUGAAGAGAGGCUACACCCUGGUGUCAGGUGGAACAGAUAACCAUCUGGUCUUGGUCGACCUACGACCUUGCGGGAUGGACGGGGCUCGGGCCGAGAGGGUCUUGGAGCUUGUGUCCAUCACCGCCAACAAGAACACCUGCCCUGGAGACAAGAGUGCCCUCACUCCAGGAGGACUCAGACUCGGAACUCCAGCUUUGACGUCCCGACAAUUCAACGAGACAGACUUCGAGAAGGUUGUGGAAUUUAUUGAUGAAGGGAUUCAGAUUGCACUGGAUGUGAAGAAGAAAACUGGAAACCUGGCCAGCUUCAGGUCCUUCCUGCUGGAGGACCCAGAGACAGUGUCACGCAUCUCAGAGCUCCGCCAGCGGGUGGAGCUAUUCUCAAGACCCUUCCCCAUGCCGGGAUUCACUGACCACUGACAACACCACAGACAGAAAGACAGUUUCCCCAUCAUGACCUCAAGGACACACUGGAUCCUUCAGACCUGCUAUAAUGUCAUGUGUCACGCAUGCACACAGUCACGUUUCUACAGAAGAUAAUAAAGUAUUGAGACUGGUCAUAAUAUAAUAAUAUUAUUUUCUCUUACAUAAAAAGAUGAUUCCAGAAUCACACAUGUAUUAUUUUUAAUGGCUGUGAUAAUAAUCAUUCAGGUGGUUAUUAAUAAUGUAAUAGUUGUUGUAAUAGAUGUAAUUAUUUAUUCAACCAUAAGUCAUUCUUUGGGCACCUAUGAACAGAAACCUUAAGUAAAACACUUAAGCAUGUCCCAACAUAGCUAAAUAUAACUUGCUAUAAUUAAUUUAUCAAAUACUCAUAUAGAGCUGAUUAAUGCUAAAUCAGGAAACUCAUGGUAAAGUGUCACCUCUGUGUUUCAUGUUCCUUAUGAAGUGAUACCAUAAUAAUGAAAGGAUGUUACAGCAGGUUAUCACAUGGCCAGGUUUAGUUGUAUUAGCAUCUCAUUCAGCAGAAAAAUAUAAUAAUUACUAUUUGUUUAUUACAGAUCUGAGCAUGCAUGUUGGACUACUUUGAAAAAGCCUGUACUAAGUGUGGGAAAUUGUUUGUUUGAUGGCAAGAUUGAUAAUGCUCAUAAUUUACAUAAAGUUGGAAUUCAUUUUUUAAAAUAUAGUACUCUGCUGUGCAUUAUCAAGCAGUUGGUAUAUCAACAAGUUUCCUCUUGAGAGACAGGACAGCUAAUAGAUGACUGUAAUUCUACUUAUGGAUUUGGCUUUUUGUCACCAAACUCUUUCAAGAGCCCUUGUCGGUGUCAGGCUUUGUCCCGGAGCCUGGGAAACUUACAGCAGCUGUGUUGGGAACUGAAACACACUCACAGUUUACACCAGUUUGCAUCCACAACCUCACAAACCAGAAACAGUUAUACAACCUUUUGUUUGUAAAACGUACUAAUGUCAUCUACUUUACCUUCACUUUGAUUUGUUAUUG